AUGCCUCUCUCCGUCGUCGCCCCGUCCGCCGUGACCCUCGUUGGGUCCGCUCGAGCCGCGCGCGGCCGCUGCGUCGCGCGUCGGGCGGUCCAGCGCCCGCGCGCGGCGCGGAUCGUCUGCGCGGGCUCCGGUGCCGACGAUUACGCGGGAAUGCUCUCGCGAGCGCUCCGCACCAUCGACACCGGCGCGCUGGGAUCCGUCCCGGCCGCCGCGGCGUCGGCCCCGAUCUCGACGCCGACGCCAGCCGCGGAUCCGGUCAAGGAGAGCACCGUCAUCAAGAGCGCGAUCAAAUCCCCGACGGAGCGCGCGCGAGAUCCUCGAUUCGACGCGUCCAGACAGGAGGAGGCCAAGCUUGAUUCCAUGCGCGAGGCGGCGAGGAAGCGCAUGUCCGGCAAGGUGGAUCCCGAACCCGCGCCGACGACGCCCGCGUACGACGAUAUCGAACCCGUCGUGACGUCCUCGGAGUCUCCGGACGCCGGCAUGGUCGUCGACGGGGGCGCCAUCUGGCGGUACUUCCUCUGCACCGCGGUGCAAUUCAGCGUGAUGGUCUGGUUCUCCAUGUGGCUCAACGUCGGGAUCUCCAGGUCGCCGCUGGAUCUCACGUACCAGAAGGCGCUCGUGGGCGCGUGGUUCGGGUUCAACGCGCUCAAAUCCCGGGUCUUCUCCCCGUUGAACGCGUCCAGACCGAAGGUUGAAGGGGAGAAGGACGCGAUCAAGGAGCGCCGCCGGCCGAGCUGGAUGCCGCCGCCCAUCGCGUUCCCGAUCAUCUGGACCACCAUCGCGGUGCUCCGCGCCGUGUCCAGCGUCGUCGUCUUCUCAACCACCGGCACCCUGAACAACCCGGCGCACUUCGCCAUGCUCCUGCACCUCGCCGUCGGAGACACGUGGAACUCAAUCAACAACGCGGAGAAGCGGCUCGGCACAGCCGUCGUCGGCGUCUGCGCCGUGCUAGCCUCCGUGUACAACGUGGUGUACCAGUACUGGAGCGUGACGCCGACGGCGGGAGUUCUCAUCGCGCCGUCCGCGGUGUGGAUCACCGUGGCGACGGUGCUGGUGUACACGAUAUGGAAGAUCAACCCGCGCGAGGACGGCACCAGGGAGCCGCUCUGGCCGAUGAAGCCGGCGAAGGCGUGA